CCUAAUACAUAUUUAAGCAGUGUUCGAGCAAUGAACGACAACGCACAACUUUAUUCCCGCGUCGGCCAGUUGCAAAAACUAGGCAUCAUUGAAACUUUCGAAAAAUACAUCAAACUCAUAAAGUUCAAAAAUAACAUAAAAGUGUUAGACGUUGGAUGUGGCGAUGGUGGUCUCACUUCAGAGAUUCUUGUGCCAAAACUGCCACAAGAUUUUCAGGAAAUUAUCGGAGUGGAUAUUUCCGAAAAAAUGGUGACUUAUGCCAAGGAAAAGUUUCAAGCUAAUCCAAAAUUCGAUUUUUUUCAAUUUGAUAUUACCUCUGAAACAAUUCCUGAGAAAUUUUAUGAAUAUUUCGAUAAUGUUUUUUCGUUUUAUUGCUUUAAUUGGAUUCCCGAAAGCAAACAUCCUCAAGCUUUACAAAAUGUACACAAAAUGCUAAAACCCGGCGGUUACAUUUUUAUAGUGAUUAUUUCAAACAGUCAAGUUUUUGAUGUUUACGAAAAUAUGUCUCACACUGAAAAGUGGUCCCCGUAUGUAAAAAAUGUGAGGAAUACAGCAUCGCUGUAUCAUUUCAUCGACAAUCCGCAAAUGAAGCUGAAAAACUUCCUGAAAAGUGCAGGAUUUGAUUGCCAUUUAUGUACUCUAGAAGAGAAGUGUUACACAUUUGCGAAUUUAACGCACUUUUGGAAAUGGGCUGUUUCAAUUAACCCUUAUUUUAAAAAAAUUCCUGAAAGUAAAUUGAAAAUGUAUCAAGAAGACUACUUGAAUGAAUUUAAAAACCACAAAAAUGUUUUCAUCGAAGUCUCCAAUGAUGAAGAAAAGAUUCGAAAACCAUACACCACUCUUGUGGCUUGUGCCUCAAAGCUAGAGAAAGCAUAAAAAGUGUUUUCUUCAUUUUGUGUAAUAUUGUAGUGUUGAAAUCGUUUUCAAAGUAUCUGGAGCUAUAUUGAUAAUGUAUCAGUUUCAUUUGAAAUCUGACCUUCACACAAAAACUCAAUAAUCCAUAAAUGCAUAAUCAUAUUUGUAAUUUUAAUCGAUUUAGCCUUAUUUUUUUUAAAUUAAUUAAUAUAAUCAUACUCUGUUAUAUAGGGUGCUCAAAAGUGAGGCAUCAACUCAAUGAAAAAUGGUAGAAAUACAGGCUGUCCCAACGGUUUGAAAAAGCUCUAUAACUUGUUUAUUUUAAAGAGAUAUUGACAUUUUCUUUUUUUUUUUAGAUUAUAGUUGCGUUUCUGCUGCACAUUUUAAAAAUAUUGCGG